UAAGUACUUGCGCGCCGCUUACGUGCACACAGUCCACUUCAUGCAGUUGGUCAUUUUUGGAGAGGUGUGCUCAUCCGGUGUUGCGGAAGGGAGUCUUUGACAGAUAGAGAAUCAACAGUAAUACAUAUUUCACACUUUGCCUGUUUACGCUCAACAUGGACCAAAAAGACACCGAAAUGAAUGAGAAGGGAGUUACUUCUUCGACCAGUGGAGUUGUGGUCCAAGUAAGAGAGAAGAAAGGACCUUUGCGUGCAGCUAUUCCAUACAUGCCAUUCCCAGUAGCUGUAUUAUGCCUAUUUCUCAACACAUUUGUACCUGGUUUAGGUACCUUCGUGUCUGCCUUCACGGUGCUGUGCGGAGCGCGGACAGACCUGCCUGACCGCCACAUGUGCUGUGUGUUUUGGCUGAACAUCGCAGCAGCCUUCAUCCAGAUCCUCACAGCCAUCAUCAUGGUGGGCUGGAUCAUGAGUAUUUUCUGGGGCAUGGACAUGGUCAUCCUGGCAAUUUCUGAUGGCUAUAGGGAUCAGAGGGUUCCCCAGCAGGUUUAAGGUUGGCCCAGCCCAGCUCAACGUGAAGCCUUGAUGUACAGUUGUCUCCUAUCGCAACAUCCCCCUAGGGGAGAGCCAAGGCAGGAUGAUAUUCACAGGCUUAACCCCACCCUACCUACUGUACCAUAUCGCUUACUGCUACUGCUGCAGCUGCAGCUCCACUUCACAGCUCAGUGGUAGAAUGAGGAGCACGUCAACAUUGAUGGAGAGGUGUUUUCUACAUGUGCCCAAAGUGUCCUGUGAAGAAAAUAACAGAAUGAAUUAUGAAUAUGUGCCAACUGUAUGUACAAUACUAUACCGUGUGCUAAGGACUAUCCAUCCUGUCUGGGGCACUAAUUCAGUUGUUCAGGGGUCUUUAUGAAAAAAAUGAAAUGUGCAGUUUAUUCCUCUGUGUAUGUUAUCAGCUGUUCAACCACACUCUUAUUAUGACUAGUAGACUGAAGAUGGUAUCAGUGCCUGUCAAGUCCGCCAGGAUUGUAUAGUAUGUGAUGUUGUUAAUGGUCCAAUGCCGCCGUUUUUAUCUCAAUAUCAAUCAUUUUUUGGUAACAAUUAAGUACCUUACUGUAAUAGUUUUCCAUUAAAAUGGUCAAAAAUAAACAAAAAGGGCUUCUUAGCAAAGGGCAAUUACUCAAGCAAGAAUUCCACUAGGACUGUCUGGGAGUGGUUUGAGUAGGGAGGGGAAAACUGAAAAUUAGCUGUUAUUGGCAGAGAGGUUUGGAACUCUCUUUCUUAUUGGUCUAUUAACUAUUUUAACGCCUGGUGA